CACACUUCCCCCUCUUCUAACAGACAUUUUUACAAUUCCAGUUGACGGUAAACGACCUACUUGCUGACCGUAACAACUGCAAACUGACCUCGAUAUAUGAUAAAAAAGGAUUUCUUUUUGUAUUAACCGGAUAUCGGAAUCAAGAUGUUUUACACAUGUGGACCCAAUGAAGCCAUGGUGGUGUCUGGCUUUUUCCGUUCUCCUCCUCUAAUGAUUGCUGGAGGAAGAGUGUUUGUCCUCCCAUGUAUUCAGAAGAUCCAGAGAAUCGCUCUCAACACCCUGACUCUAAAUGUGAAGAGUGACAAAGUCUACACCCGCCAUGGCGUCCCUAUCUCUGUCACUGGCAUUGCACAGGUGAAGAUCCAGGGCCAGAACAAAGAGAUGUUGGCCACCGCCUGCCAAAUGUUUAUGGGCAAGUCUGAAGCUGAGAUUUCCCAGAUUGCUCUAGAAACACUGGAGGGACACCAGAGAGCCAUCAUCGCCCAUUUGACUGUGGAGGAGAUCUACCAGGAUCGUAAGAAGUUCUCCGAGCAGGUGUUUAAGGUGGCCUCCUCUGACCUGUGCAACAUGGGCAUUGGUGUAGUCAGCUACACGCUCAAAGACGUUCACGAUGAUCAGGACUACCUUCACUCUCUGGGUAAAGCGAGAACAGCCCAGGUGCAGAAGGAUGCCAGGAUCGGAGAGGCUCAGUACAAACGAGAUUCUGUGAUGAGGGAGGCGCACGCGAUGCAGGAGAAGGUUUCGGCUCAGUACAAGAAUGAGAUUGAGAUGGCAAAAGCCCAGAGAGACUACGAGCUGAAGAAGGCAGUGUAUGAUGUUGAGGUCAACACCAAGAAGGCGGAGUCAGAAAUGGCCUAUCAGCUCCAGGUGGCCAAGACCAAGCAGCGCAUUGAGGAGGAGAAGAUGCAGAUUCAGGUGGUGGAGCGGACACAGCAGAUUACGCUGCAGGAGCAGGAGAUCACCCGCAAGGAGAAGGAGCUGGAGGCCAAAGUCAGGAAGCCUGCAGAGGCAGAGAAGUACCGCCUGGAGAGGCUGGCUGAGGCUCACCGCCUGCAGCUCAUCAUGGAGGCGGAGGCAGAGGCCGAGUCCAUCAGAAUGAAGGGUGAGGCCGAGGCUUUUGCCGUGGGGGCGAAGGGCCGUGCGGAGGCGGAGCAGAUGGCCAAGAAAGCGGAGGCCUUCGAGCAGUACAAAGAUGGAGCCAUGGUGGACAUGCUGCUGGAGAAACUGCCACUGAUUGCAGAGGCCAUCAGCAAGCCACUGUCGGAGGCUCAGAAGAUCACGAUGGUGUCCAGUGGCGGUGCAGAGGUGGGAGCAGCCAAACUCACGGGAGAGGUGAUGGAUAUCAUGACCAGGCUGCCGGCCGCUGUGGAGAAACUCACCGGAGUCCAUAUCUCCCAGGUUAUUGCCCCCGCUGGCCGUGUGCAUUAAGAAGAAGAGGCGUCACCAAUAUUCAGACUAGGAGCUCCACGUCUCCUCCUUGUGCCUAUAACCACUGUAACGACUCUGCAGCACCGUAGUCUUGUCCAGUCUGUGUGCAUGCACGUUUCACUUCUGUUUCUCUAUUUUCCAGUUCCUCCUUCAUCUGAAGAAGAUCUUUUAUCUGCCGUUAUGUGGUUUCUUUGCAUGUCCUUGAUCUGCUGCGAGAAGCAGAAGCGGCUUUAAAGAAGCUACUUUACCAGGAGACAAAAGCCUCCAAGUAGGAAUCGCUGUUUUAUACUUGCCCAUAAGUAUGCACGUUUUCAUUUUGUUUAAACUCUAAAGCAGCCUCAUUGUGUCUGUACUAUAGGUCAACCAACUGUCAUUUAUUAUUUAACUUUUAAUGUAGAAAGUAUAUUUGGCUGUAGCUUUUCUGUGCCUUUCAGUGUACGAAAAGGUGCUGAGCUCUCCAUCACAGCAUCACCUCAUAGUUGUGUGUGUGUGUGUGUGUGUGUGUCACUGCUGUAGUGCUAUAGAAGUGGAAGACAGUCGGGGUGUUAGUUUACUCCACAUGUCGCUUUGUAGUGACGGACCGUUACUGGGCCCCAAAUCAUAUCGGUGGAAGGAUUUGUUUGUGUUUUCAGAAGGAAAGGAAAGGAAGUGGUGCACGGUGUCGAGCUGAAGGAGGUUUCCUGUUGAAAGAAUAGAAAGUAUGUUGUGGUUGGAAAACACAGCGUGUUCUGGAGCGGCUCAUCACUAACCCGCUGCUGCUUUCAUGUGCUUGCUGUCUCGAGUUUGAACUAACAUUCAGGACAUGGUAUGAUUUAGUGGCGUUUGUUUGGUGUAGUGAUUUCCAUGAUAAUGUGAGUAUUAUAGAGCGACAGAUGUUUUGGCUCUUCCGUGUUGAAGAACAUUUCAUCUGAGCUUUUUUUUUUUUUUUACAGAAUCUUUUCUAACAGUUAAAAGUUUUUCCAGCUGCCGAGCCAUAUGCAUUUUGUUACCGCCAAGUGCCUGGUUUAAACUUCUUUACGUAAGCCUAUUACACCUUUCCAUCAGGGAAUUGUUCCUCGUGUCCAACUGAUCCUACGCCAUCGGUCGUCAGUAGUGACGGCUGUAGAUGAAAGCCAAAUCAGUCUACUCGUUUGUUCCUGUGACUAAUCUUCUACUUUCCUAACGUGUCUUCGCAUGUCUGUCUUACAUAGCUUUCAAGUUGUAUAAAAGUCUAAUAUUCCAGAUUUAUGUAGUGAAAUGUUCUAACGAUAAUGUAGACACAAUAAACUAUGGAUUUAAUCACG